AUGCGCACAAGCUGGGCCCACUAUUGCGUUCCAAAAUUCAAUGGAUUUUGCUCUUUCUUGGUGAAUCCACUUUUCAUUUAUCUGAUUUUCGAUGAUACAAAGUUGAUGUUGGGCAACUAUCGUUGGCUGCUGCUGUUUUUUGCAAUAUUCAACAUGACUUGCUCGGUGGCCGACAUGCUUGUCCCGGUGUGCGUUCAUAAUUACCGGCAUGCCCAUGCAGUUUUCAUAUCUGGCGGACCGUUCGAAAAUUACUCAGAACUGAAUCAGUUGUUACUGGCAGUUAGAUGUGGAUUCAUAGGCACCACCUAUGGAAUACUCCACGCGCAUUUUGCAUAUCGAUUCUUGGUUUUAUUCAGAAACAAGCAGCUGAGUAAUUACUUCAUACCAUAUGGAUUGUUGAUUACAAUUUUUUACUGCCUUUUUCACUUGAGUUUCUGGACAAUUACAUGCUAUUUUUAUAUAGGAGCUGAUUUGGAGCGGAAAAUUUACAUGCAAGAUCCGAUAAUGGAUAUUUAUGAUGUAGAAUCUGCAAAGAUUAACAUGAUUGUAGCUCUUUACAAGGACGGAAGUGAAAUUGCGAUACGAAAAUCAAUAACUGGAAUAAUUGCAAACACAAUUUUAUCGGUGGCAUCUGUGCUGAUCUAUACGAUUAUUGGAUUUUUAAUCAUUCGUAAAUUACGAAGCAACACGCUUCUAAUGAGCAAGAAGACAAAAAGGCUGCAAGAUCAACUCAUGAGAGCCUUAAUUGUGCAGUCCGUAAUCCCGUCAUUUGUCAGUUUUGCUCCAACUAUGGCGUCCUGGUAUGAGCCAAUCAUUGGCUUUCAUCUAGGGAGAGCAGUUUACUACACUGCCUCAGUUCUAGUCUCUACAUUUCCAUUUUUUGACCCAACCGCCAUAAUUUUCUUUAUACCGUCGUUUCGAGCAAAAUGCAUAAACUUUGGAAAAAAUCUUAUUACGCUAGGAAAGGCUGGGAAGAAAUCGAAGGGAAACAAUACCGCUCAAGUGAUUUCAAGGAAUCGAUUACAGUUGUCUUAG